AGUCGAAUAAAGAAUCCAACGGUCAUCGUAGAUCGCAUCUGAUAAACGGCUCAAAAAGCAAAAAAAAAGAAAUCUCUGUGAGAAGAAGAAAAGAUGCAACCGACAGAGGCGACGCGUCCGGCGACGGCGGAUCAGAGCCGGCGUCUGAAGGACGAGCUAUCGGAGAGUAUGAGCUUCAGCAGCCAAAUGAAGAAGGAAGACGAGGAGCUGUCGGUGAAAGCGUUGUCGGCGUUCAAGGCCAAAGAAGACGAGAUCGAGAAGAAGAAGAUGGAGAUCAGAGAGCGAGUUUUAGCUCAGCUCGGCCGUGUUGAAGACGAGACCAAACGUCUCGCUUUGAUCCGCGAGGAGCUUGAAGGAUUUGCUGAUCCCAUGAGGAAGGAAGUUACUUUGAUCCGGAAGAAGAUUGAUUCGCUUGAUAAAGAGAUAAAGCCAUUGGGGAAUACAGUUCAGAAAAAGGAAGUAGAGUACAAGGACGCACUUGAAGCAUUUAAUGAAAAGAACAAGGAGAAGGUGGAGCUGAUCACCAAGCUACAGGAGUUGGAGGGAGAAAGCGAGAAAAUGAGAUUAAAGAAGCUGGAAGAGCUAAGCAAGAACAUUGAUCAAACCAAAGGUUAGUGUUGGACGAGCAGACUCACUUGGAUUGGGCUAUAUGUGGUAAAUCAUGGUGUUUCAAAAAACAUGUAACCAGUUUACAAUGUCAAGACAUUAUCGAUGUGAUUUGCAAAUUUGUACUAAUAAAUGUAAAGAACUAUGUUUGUGUCAACUUUUAUGCAUAUGAUUAUAUCA